AUGAAGAAUAAUUUUAUUCUAUUUUUAUUAAUUAUUAACUUAUCAAUUUCUUUGAUAUUUUGUCAAAGCACUGAUUCCUCAUCAGCAACAAACCAACCAUCACAAUGUUCAACAGAUAUUGAUCUGCUGGCUAGCUUUAGUUAUAGUAGCUAUAUGGAUUCAAUGAAAAUGUGGAUGUAUAUGGGUAGAUCACCCAAUGAACUGGGAAAUAUGGAACAGUGUUUGAUGCUUCCACCAAACGUGACACAUUAUUGUGUUUAUCAAACAUCAAUUGUGAUGGAGAAUAUGACACUGCCGUAUGUUGUAGGACUUUGCUUCCCAAAGAGUUGCAAUACCACCGAUGAUGUUCAGUCGGCGUUGAAUAGACUAAUGAUGUCAUCGCUGAUAAUUGCACCACCAGGAAGUGAUACACAAACACAUUUCUAUACCAGAGAUCCACCAAAAAAGAAUUGGACUGUAGGUGCUGGCAUUGUUUUGGGUUUUUGUGUGUUGUUUGCAAUCUUGGUGGCUAUUGGAACAUCUCUAGAGUUAAUAAGAUCGUACAUGUCGAAACUGAUGAUGAUAGAAGAAUCCAAGGAAUUCAUGGAGGGAGGAACCACUGUAAAGCUAUUCCUCUCGUUUUCUUUGAUUAAAAACUGUAGAGCAUUCAUGUUCUUACCAGAGAGUAGAAGUUUCGAUAGUUUGGAUGGGGUUCGUGUAUUAGCUGCUAUAUGGAUUGUCAUUUCUCACACAGGAAUAUUCCAACUAUUUCCAAUGUCCAACGAUAUGGAGUAUUUUAUGGCCAAAGGAUAUAAAUCAUAUGCCUAUCAAGCAAUUAAUAGUUCUCAGUAUGCAGUUGAUCUAUUCUUCAUGAUAACAGGAUUCCUAGUUUCACAUAUCCUCCUUAAGAGUUUGGAAUCAAACAAGUCAAGAAAUCCUUUAUUUUGGGUUAUUUGGGGAUGGUACUUGGCAAACGACACCCAAUUCUAUUUAAUUGCACCAUUUGUCUUAGUUGCCUACAAAUACAGAAAGAUAUACGGCUACAUAUUAGUUGCAAUUCUUUUCGGAAUAUCUUUGGCAACCAGUAUUUGGAUUAGUGUGGAAAACAAUAUCGUAUAUGAUAUAUCAGUGUUCCUCACUCCAGGCGCCAAUGAAAUCUAUGUAAAGCCAUGGGUGAGAAUUGGCCCUUUUGCCUUUGGAAUUGCAUUGGAAUUCAUCUAUAGAAUGGAAACAACAAAGAGACUGUAUGAAAUCACUCUAUUUAGAUAUAUAGCAUAUGCUUUCAGUCUUGGGCUAUCAAUGUUCUUAGCGUACAUCCAAUAUGAUACUUAUCUCAAAACUUGGAGUCCACUUAUCGUUGGACUUUACUUGGGUUUUUCAAGAACACUAUUCCCUGCAGCCAUUUCAAUUUCAUUGCUUUCAACUUUCUAUGGCCACGGUGGUUAUUAUUCCAAGUUCCUAAAACUCAGUUGUUUCCGAUACCUCUCCAAACUUACUUUCGCAAUGUAUCUUAUUAAUCCUAUAGUAAUAUAUUCAUACAACUAUUCAAGAACAAGUAUUCCCCAUUACUCCGUAAUUGAACACUCCUAUCAAGUCACUUCUAAUCUAGUAUUCACAAUCCUACUUUCAAUCAUACUUCACUUAACAGUAGAGAAGCCAUUUGUAAAUCUACAACGUAUAUUAUUACCAACAAAUACCAAAAAUAAUAAUAACAAUAAACCAACCAAUCCUGCAAAUAAAGUUUAA